AUGCUGGUCUUCAAGAAUGUAUCUGUAUGGUUUCUUUACUUCACCUUGAUCCGCCUCUUAUUUACUCAUAUACUUCGCCAAGAACGAGAACUCGUCGCUCAACUCUCAAGUGAACGCAACUCUUCAGCAUCAGCUACAACAAAUCGCAGGUCUGGCAAUGGAACCACCACUGCUGCUACUGUGAAAGCUCGGCGUGACUUCGAAAAACAUGUAAACACACUGACCGAAGAUCGUGACCAGUGGCGUACCGAAGCCGAUUUAAUGGCUCGGAUUAUUCGGCGAUGGGGUAUCCAGGAGCAUAGUCCUGUGAACAAGGUGAACGCAACUACUGAAGCUAAUCUAUAUGAUUCGCCAUCUCAGCUGGAGGUGAGUGGUAGUACGAUAUUUCUUAUCAUUUUUGACCAUGGAGAGAUGUUGGAGUACCUUUCAUUUCGAUUGAAGAGUCGUCUGACCGAAAGCUCAGCAGGGAUUCAUCGGGGUCGCAGGGCGGUGCGCCGAUUACCUAUUUGUACAAAUCUGCAAUCACAGCUCCAAGUCAAUCCCACUACAGCUUCCGGUGAGGCCAACUCACGUAUCCCCUCCACUCGCCUCUUCAAACCAAAUGAGAGGUAA